CUCCUCGAGUCCCUCUGCUCCAACUGGUGGCUCAUGAUCGAGGUGACCAAGCACCUGAGCGUCGAGGACAUAGUCAAGCUGUACUCGGUCUCGCGCACCUUCCACAACCUCGUCAACUCGCGCUUCCAGUCAGCCAUCGCGGCGUGGGCCCAGCACAAGUCCCCCUCGGGCUGGAACGUCUUCUACUGGAAGUGCUACAGCAAGUAUACCAUCCUCGACCCGGAGGGAAAGACAUGGGAGAAGGACUCGAGCCUCAUCGCCUCCAUCCCGCGCCCACCCUGGGCCAGGCCCGAGAAGACCAAAGCCACGCAGUGCGAGGUCCGGCGCGUGCCGGGCUUCAAGUACCUGUCCAUGCUGGUCGAGCGCGAGACACGCACGCGCGACAUCCUGGCGUGCCUGGCACGCGCGGGCCACCGUCUCCCAAGGACGAUGCACAUCACGCUCAAGAAGAUGUGGAUGCUCAUGGACAUGGCGACCAACGCGCUGCGACGCGCCUUCAUCCACAACACGGAGCUGUGGACCGAGCGCGACCUGUACAACGCGCAGAUGUUCUACGUCAAGCUGCAGAUGCGCUUCAACGAGCCCAUCUUUGGUCCUGGUAGUAGGGCCCUGGUCGACACGUUCCUCGGCGCGCGCCAGGGCUUCACCCCGCUGUGGCAGCUGCUGCGGCGCAAGAAGUACACUCAGCCCGAGGAGGUCAUCCAGCAGCGCCUGCGGUACUUUGUCAAGCCGGACGUGAUCCAGCACUACCUCGUGCUGGGCGAGGCCUUCUUCGGCGUGCACCCGUCGGAUCUGGGCGAGGAGCACAGGGAGGGCUGGGGCGCGGGCUACCUGCACCUGAUGCGGCCCGACGAGCUCGUCGUCGAGGAGUGCGUCCGCCGACAGCUCGACAUGAAGCGCCACCUGAUCCACAUGGUCUUCUGGGGCCACGUCGACUGGCGCCGCCGCCGCAACCUGGUCCCCACCGAGGAGGAGAUGUACAUGAGCGACGACGAGAUGCCGCCCCUGCCCAAGAGCGGCAAGUACAGCCACACGGGCAUCUACGGCCGGUGCGGCAACGUGCCCUUUGACUACGACAACUGGCAGCCCAAGCACGCCAUGAAGGCGCGCUGGGCCACGCUCACGCGCGAGGAGAAGCUGGCCGUCGUCCAGGACGACAACGACGAGGAGCUGCGCGCU